UUAGGAUUCAUUUUCUUCCUCAGUCAUUAUGUGACCUCACGACAUAUUUUAAAACCAUGUCCCACAAAGAGUUCAAGGUUUGAUUCGACUAUCAAAGCAGCAUCAAUUAAAAAUGAAUAUUUCAUCCAACAUUUGCGGUCCAGACUUAAUAUGUUUCGCAACGCUACAGAAAAACUGAGGGAAAAAUAUAUACCUCCUCAAGGAAGAAGAAUAACCAGUAACCGAAAAAUUGUUUCUUUAAAUUCAACAAAUAUUAUACAGCUGGAUGUAACAUCUCCUUUUUCUUUGGAACAAUUAAAGUUAACAAAUUGUAGCCUUCUGGAUAUCUACAGGAAUCUGACAUUGAUCGCGUCUUUCUUGGACUUGAUGGAAAAAGACGAAGACAAAUACAGCCACGGUGAGCUCUCCAGCUUUAUAGGAGAGGCAAGUCAGGCGUUAUAUCACUUGUGCUUUGAUCUGCACACUAAACUACGCAACGGCCAUUGCCUAAGCGAGGCAAAAUGCAUCGAAAUAGAAAACAUAGACAGAUUUCGUACACCUAACAACCAGUACCGAUUUUAUCGAGAUUUCGUUAUUCUCAACGAAUCCAUAAAAUACGCAGAUCAUAUCCGAAGUCAGUCAAACACACCCACUCCAGUCUAAUGUGUCGCCGUGCUCUUAGUUGUUAUGAACAGAAGUGGGAUAGCAAAAGAUAUGUACCUCAAUGUUAUAUUUAAGGCAUUAUUUUGUAGUUUAGUUCAUGAUAUUUUCAUAAGCAAACUACCACGCAAUUAAACGCCUUCUUGU